GGAAUGGAGGCUGGAGAAGUUUGUCUGUGCCUUGGAAGAAAUGCUUGAUUCAAUAAAGAAAGACAACAGGGCAAUGAUAGAUUUGUAGCCUGCUGCAUAUCUCCAUUCCACCUGCGACAAAGUGCCCAAAAUACCCUUUGAUUCCAAAGAAUGGCGAUUGUCAAUUGUCUUACCCGAGGCUUAUGACAGAAUCCCUUAUAAAGCCUGCUCCAGAAUUUAUGGUGGAAUAUUCUAGAAAAGUGGACUUCUUAAAAGGAUUGUUAGAAGCUGAAAAACUGCCCUCUCCAAGUGAGAAAGCUCUGGCCAAUCAGUUUCUUGCUCCAGGCCGCACGCCCACUAUAAGCAAGGAACGAACUCCAGUCACUAAGACAGUGCAUCUUCAAACCCAAGCACGCUAUACAGGGGAGAUGAGGAAUGAGUUGCUGUCAAAGGGCACUCUAGCCUCUAAUGAUUCCGGCGAUGUUUAUCUAAGAAAAAGGAAAGGCUCUGUUUCAGAUGACAAGCAAUCUGCGGCUGAGCUUGAUGCAGUGCUGCAACAUCACCAUAAUCUACAAGAGAAACUGGCUGAGGAAAUGCUACGCCUGACCCAAAACCUGAAGAACAACACUCUGGCAGCACAGAAUGUUAUUAAACAGGAUAACCAGACAUUAUCUCAGUCUCUCAAGUUGGCUGACCAGAAUUUUGAAAAGCUAAAGACAGAAUCAGACCGCCUGGAGCAGCAUGCUAAGAAGUCUGUCAACUGGAUUCUUUGGAUUAUGCUCAUCUUUGUCUGCUUCACUUUUAUUAGCAUGAUUCUUUUUAUCAGAAUAUUUCCCAGGUUGAGGUGACUGUUAAAGCUGAACAUUCAUAGUACUUUGCUUAGUACUGACAAAAGCAAGGACUGUCAGAAUAAUGUCCAAAAGGAAAUUGCAUUGCAUUUAUCACUGCAGAUUUUCUUUGGAAUAGUACCAGUAAGCAGAACACUGUGGUUUCUUAGGGAUCUCUUUUCACAGUGGAAAGUGGAAUUGCAGAGAGAGGGUCACGCCAGCCUGAUUGUCAUCUAAAAACUGGACAUCUGCAUUCAGGUGUGUCAUACAGCAAUUCUCAUUGUCAUUAAUGGCAAGUAAUCAGCACUAUAUCCCUGCAUAUUUUUGCUGGCAUAUUAAUAGGAAAAUAAAAAAACAUGACGUUGCCUUAAAAGUCUGGAGACUUGUCCUUAGCUGAUUGUGUUUACAAACAUUCCAUUUCGGCCUUCUUGCAUGUAUGCCAAAAGCAAUACAACAUUAUCAAUACGAUAUCAGAUCCAAGAAUCAGAUUUUCUUUUAUGGGCUACAUGCAUUUGAUAGAAACCUAUUUAUUUAAUAAAAUACUGUUUAAUAUUUAUUUUGAACAAAGGUAUGUAUAACAAAGAUUACAGCCUCCUUAGAAAAUACGUUGGCAGCUAUAAAUUAGUUCUUUGGGCAGCAGCACCCAGUCAUUUUCAUAGUGCCAGGCGAAGGUGAAGAGAAAGACCUACAGGCCCCCAGGGUGUGAAUAUUGAAACCCCAUGUUUUAUUUAUCUUCCUAAUAUGCCUGCUACAAUGUUUAGGUAGGUAUCACAAGCAGCAUGUACAUGCCAUUGACAAGAUUUAGCACCUUUAUGUACAGCCACUUGCCUGUGUAAAGAUGUGUACAUUUGAAAAUCCUUCCAUGAGGCUAUAAAAUGCAAUUGAAACAGAAAGUAAACAAUAUUAAUAAUAAAUAAAGCAAAAGUACAGA